AUGAGCAUAAUGAGUUGGAACUGCCGGGGGCUUGGGAACCCUCGGACAGUUCGUGACCUCUGCCGUUUGGUGAAGGUAAAGAAACCCGAAAUGGUUUUUCUCAUGGAAACGAUUAUGGGGAAAAAUAAAAUGGAGCGGAUUCGGAGUAGGUUGGGUUUUCCCAAUAUGUUAGUUGUUGAUUGUGUUGGCAAAAGUGGGGGGUUGGCGCUCCUAUGGACAGAGACAAUUGAGGUGGAGGUUCAAAACUACAGUUCGCGUCAUAUUAAUGCAAAAGUAAGCACAAAACCUUCGAUGGGAUGGUGGAAAUUUACGGGCUUUUAUGGGCACCCGGAGGCGAAUUGUGAGUUAGUGGACAUGGGCUUUAGGGGACCCAAAUAUACAUGGAAUAAUGGUAGGGAGGGCGCAGCUUUUAUUCAAGAACGUUUGGAUAGAGCUGUAGCAAAUGAUAGAUGGAGCUCCCUAUUCCCCCAGGCGGAAAUUUUGGUGGAGGGUUCAAGUUGUUCUGAUCAUUUACCUUUGUUUGUGGUGUUCCAUGAACAGUGGCGAAGGAGAAGAACAGAACGCCGGUUUAUUCACGAAGCAUCAUGGGUGUUGGAUGGGACCUAUGCAGAAGUUAUAAAUUCUGCAUGGAACCCACGACACACACGAGUUGGCGAGUGGGGGGGCCUGUUUAAAAAGCUUGGGAGGUGUAAAGUGGAGCUGAAAAGGUGGCAGGAAAAAAAGAAAAAACCAGAAACAGAAAUUAAAAAUCUGAGUUCUUGGUUGGCUGGCUUACUAGCGCAGGAGGGACCGGAGUCUGCUGCUGAAAUUGCAAAUAUCAAACUUAAGGUGCAGUCUUUAAUGGAGCUAGAGGAGCUCAAGUGGAAACAACGUGCGAGGGUGGAGUGGCUACGGAAUGGAGACAAAAACACUCGUUUUUUCCAUGCAUGUGCAAAUCAGCGAAGAAAAUCCAAUUCAAUCCGAAUGGUGUGUGAUCUAGCAGGAAACUAUAUGGAGACUCAAGAAGCCAUUGGAGAUGCUUUUGUAGAUUACUUCAGAGAAUUAUUUACUUCUGGAAGAUCAGAUUGCAUGGAGGAAUGUUUAGGGGCCAUCGACCGACGAAUCACGGACGAUAUGAAUAUGAGGCUGCUGCGACCAUUUACGGAAGAGGAGGUGUUGGCAAACAGGCUAAAAGAAGUGUUGCCUGCUAUCAUUUCACCAUACCAAAGCGCCUUUAUUCCAGGGCGUCUUAUUACAGACAAUAUUUUGGCAGCUUACGAAACUCUUCAUACCAUGCAAUGUAGGAUGUAUGGGAAGAAAGGUUUCAUAGCUGUCAAGUUGGAUAUGAGCAAGGCUUACGACCGGGUGGAAUGGUCUUUUUUGGAGGCAGUUAUGAGGAGAAUGGGAGCUAAUGUUGCACACUGGCACCGUUUGACUGGUGUCUUGAAGCUUUAUGAACGAGCUUCCGGCCAAAAGUUGAAUGCUACCAAAACUGCAAUUUUCUUUAGCCGAAAUACAACGGUUACAGACAAGGAAGCUGUUCUCGCGAUUGCUGCUAUUCCGGCGACCCAAAGAUAUGAUACCUACCUGGGACUUCCGGCGUUGGUUGGGAAGUCUCGAAUUAAGGAGUUCAAGGCUAUUCUAAACCGAGUUGAAAAACGUCUUAAUGAUUGGAAGAUCAAAUUUUUAUCGCAGGCAGGAAAGGAGAUUUUACUGAAGGCGGUGGUGCAAGCAAUCCCGACAUACAGUAUGACCGACGUACAGUAUGAGAGUGUUUAA